AUGGCGUCCUCAAAUUCCAAUCUUCUUUCUCUUCCGAGACCAAGACCACAGUUCAGACGAUUAUCCAGUAUGACUGCCACAGAAAGAGAUGUCCGCGAAGGCGGCCCGGUCGUCGUCGUCCCAGAACGUUUGAUGCUUCAACGUUCGCAAUCACACCAUGGAGGCUUUGCUGCUUCCAUGGAAAAUGCUCGAAGUGAGCUGAAUGCUAUGAAUUUGGAGGAGGAGGCUCUGUCGUCGACCGAGUCGAGUACGCCAGGUACACCUGGUUCCCCAAUCACUCCAUCGGAUAUUCCUACCGCCGACUCUUUUGCUUUUGCUUUUGAUAUCGAUGGGGUUCUUAUUCGUGGUGGAAAGCCAAUUCCAGAGGCGAUCGAGGCAAUGAAGAUGCUGAACGGAGAGAACGAGUAUGGCAUGAAAGUACCAUAUAUCUUCCUCACCAACGGUGGAGGCAAGACAGAAGCAGAGCGCUGUAUUGAUCUCUCUCGCCAGCUCGACAUUGAAGUGUCCCCUGCCCAAUUCAUCUGCGGUCACACCCCAAUGAGAGAGAUGGUGGAAAAGUACAACACUGUCCUUGUCGUCGGUGGAGAGGGUGAAAAAUGCCGUCAAGUCGCAGAAGGUUACGGCUUUAGAGACGUCAUAACCCCAGGUGAUAUCAUCAAAGACAACGCCGACACCACGCCAUUCCGUAAACUCACACCCGACGAGAUCAAGCACUCCCGACGCCGCAACUUCGCCGAGGUCAAGAUCGAAGCCAUCUUCGUCUUUGCUGAUUCCCGCGAAUGGGCCGGUGACAUCCAAAUCAUCCUCGACCUCGCCAUGUCCAAAGGCGGCUUCAUCGGCACUCUUUCUGAGACCUUCGACGAAGGACCUCCUAUCUACUUCUCCCACAACGACAUCGUCUGGUCCGCCGCCCACGACAACGUCCGUCUCGGCAUGGGUGCCCUCCGCAAAAUGAUCGAAAUGCUCUUCCGCGACCUCACCAAGGGCAAAGAACUCGAGACCAUCGCCUUUGGCAAACCACAAAUCGGUACCUUUGAAUUCGCUACCCGUCUUCUCCAACAGUGGCGUAAAGACGAACAUCGCUGCAACGCGCCUCCUGAGACCGUCUAUUUCGUCGGCGACACCCCCGAGUCCGACAUCCGCGGCACGAACCAGUUCAACGAACGCUCUAAGAACGACUGGUACAGCAUCCUCGUCCGCACGGGUGUCUUCCAGGAAGGUACCACACCCGCCUACAAGCCCCGUGUGACCGUCGACACGGUGCUUGAUGCCGUCAAACACGGGAUGAAGCGCGAGUUUGCGAAGAAGAUGCGUGGAGGCGCCGGAGCGAUGCCGUUCAAUAGCAUUGCGCUCAGGAAUUUCAGCCUUAACGGCGAGGGCGGUGUCGGGACCAAGACGCCGAUCAUGGAAAGGAGUGAGGGGAAUACGCCUGAGGUUGGGACGCCGGAUGAGAGGGUUAAACCUUUUGAUUCGUAG